AUGGUAAUCAAAGGGCCAGGGAAGAAGUACCUGCAACCACAUCCGAUGAAAAUGAGAAUUGUGAAGUCAGGUCUAGUGACGAAGAGGAAAUCAAUCAUGGCGGUUCAUCUUCGAGUUCACGAUAAUAUAGCCGUUACACACGAGAGCAAAUUCUUCAAAAAGAACCCUCACCCUACCGAGAAAGAAAGGACUGAAAUUGCAAAUAAACUCAAUAUCACUAUGAAUAAGGUCAAAUUUUGGUUCCAGAAUAGAAGAACUCAAUUGAAGAGUCAAAAGGAGCGCAGUGAGAAUGUGAUUUUGAAGCAAGAGAACGAGCAACUGAGGCUUGAGAAUUUAGCAAUGGCAGAAGUCCUAAAGAACCCGCUUUGCAACAAAUGUGGUGCACAAGCAACAAUACCAGACAGGUCCAUUCAAAAACACAAAGUCAUGAUAGAGAACGCACGGUUGAAAGAGGAACUUAGCCACAUGGCUAAUUUCGCCAGUCAUGUCAGUCAAAUGUUUGGUAUACCAUUGCCAAACAAAGUGACAAUUCCUGGUGACCCUUUAAACCCAAUCAUGAGUCGAUCACUUAUGGACUACGACAUACCCAUUCAAAGGAAUGAAUAUCUUGUGCAAGCAUCAAGAGCCAUGGAAGUGCUCUUAAAGCUUGGGAAUGUCAAUGCUCCACUAUGGAAUAGAAACAUAGAAGGUGGAGGAGAAACCCUUAAUUUUGUUGAAUAUGAAAGGGCUUUUCCUCCUUCCCUUGGCACAAAACCACCUGGAUUCGUAUCUGAGGCUACACGGGCUAGGAGCGUGGUACCGAUGACUAGCUCAACCCUUGUAGAAGCAUUACUCAACGCGGAUCAAUGGAGAGAAAUGUUUAUAGGCAUGAUAGGCAGUUGUACUACAAUGGAAGUGAUUUCCAAUGGUACAGGAGGCUCAAGAAAUGGUGCUCUCCAACUUGUUACGUGGAUCGAACAUACUGAAUACGAUGAGCAAUCGGUCUCCCACCAGUAUCGUCAGUUAAUCAACUCGGGUGUGGGCUUCGGUGCACAAAGAUGGAUUAGUGCACUUUUGAGGCAUUGUGAAAGCAUAACAGCCAUCAUGUCUCCCACCCUCAACCACCACCUGCUUCAAGAUACAAAAGAAGCUUAA